AUGGGAGGGGCAGCCCCACCCCCUGCCCACGCAGGUGGGACGGGGGGAAGAGCGCAGCGCCAAGCAUCUGGCUUCCUGGGCCCCAGGAUUUGGCGAACGCUGCUGCUGGGGGGCUGUAAUAUUCGGGGUGGGGUGUUCGGGGUGCACGGGUACACGCCGCCCCACCCCCCGAGCCACCUUCCACACCGGGCCUUCCCAGCCAUCCCGGAUCCAGUCGUGGCGCACCGCCAUGGUGGAAGUGUGCUUGGUGCCUGGUCGCCGGCUGGGGGGACAGUACCCUGCCGACCCCUGCCCCAGCCCCGCCCGCGCGCCCCCAUCGUACCGCCUCCUGCGCCUGCCGCCAGAGCGCGGGACGCAGGGAAGGAGGGGGGAGUGAUGCGCUGGUGGAGGAGUUUUCGCUGCGCGCCUCCUGUAAGAAAUGGCUGUCCUCUGAGAGGCUCCACCUAUCAACUGACUGAGCCGCAUGCAGAGGUCCACAGUCAAACAUUUAUGAAGCAUGGGGACUCUUAUGGAAGUGCUGGGGAAAGGAUUCAGGACCCUGAACGGUGCUCCUCUACUCACCCAUUCUCUCCUGCUCCACCACUCCAGCAUCCACCUACCCUGGGGUAUCCAAUCUCCCUAGGAUCAAGGGCUUCCCCUUCUGUUGCUGUCUGUGAAUGCCAUCCUCUGCUACAUAUGUAUCUGGAGUCAUGGAUACCUCCAGGCUUUCUGUCAGCACACCCAUCAGGUUCCCUGAGUACAGAUUGGUGGUUGGCUCCAUGCAUUCAUGUCUGCAUUGGUCAGUUGCUGGAGUUACCUCCCCUGUAACUGCCACAUUUGGUUCCUGCCUGUGAGUAUCUCUUGACUGUGGCAACAGUGUUGGGUUUGCUGUCUGUAGACAUAAUGUAUCCCGGAUCUUCCUUCACUCUGUUCCAUGUUUUCCCUGUUCUUCCUUUAGACAGGAACAUUUCUAGGUUAAAAAACUUUGAGAUGGGUGGGUGGCCCCAUCUCUUGACCAGAGGUUGUGCCUAUCUACUGGAGGUGGUCUCCAUAGGUUUUAUCUCCCACUUCUCUACAAUAUGGCUAAGGUCAAUCCUGCUGGGUCCUGGGAGCCUCACAUUUCUCUGGUGUCUAGGACCCUCCAGACACCAGUUCCUCAUCCUCCCUGCUACCUAUUUUUAUUCAAUUUUGUGACCCUCUGUACCCAUCUCACAUCUCCUACAGUUUCUGAUACUGCCACCCUUAUUUCCUCUUCCUUCUUUCUUCCUUCCUAUUCCCACUCUCCUUUUACCACCCAAAAUUGUCCUGUUUUUCCAAUGCAGAUGUGAAGCAUACAGAUUUUCCUUCUUUCUAUUCUUCAUAUGUUCUGUAGGUUUUAUAAUAGGCAUUGUGAGCUUAUGGGCAAGUAUCAAAUUAUUAGUGAGUACAUAUCAUGUAUCUCGUCCCGUGGGAUUCAGUUAUUCAUGGGUGCGAGGGGGACCACAAACCUGGAAGAAAAUGGGAUUGAAAGGGGAAGAAAAGCCGAAGACCAAGCAACGAGUUAUCAAGGUCUUCAUUUAUUAGGCUGAGACACCUGGUUUUAAAUCAUACAUUGCGGGGAAUAGGGGAGGGGUCAAGGAGGAAUUUAGCAAAGAACAAAGAAGUGGGCAUCUGCUGACAUGAGGGUCGAAGUCAGGCUCCAGGUGUCGGGCACUCUGCAUCUUAUUUCCAGAACAUAGAUCCUCUUUAAUAUCCUUGAGGUGUCAGGCCGGGCUCAGGCAUAACUCAUGUCCUUGGAAAUCAUUGGAGUUCAGGAAGAGAUAGGGAAGAGGGGACUAUAAUUCAGCUUUUACAGCCUCAGGUGCCAGGAAGGGAACAGGGAGGAGAGAGUGACAACCGGCUCCUAGCAUGAGGCCAUUUGACCUGUCAGGGUGGGAGAUCGUGAAGAGCUUGAUUUCUCACAGUUUGGUCUCUGACAACUACGUAUGUUCUUCUUUGUCUGGGUUACAUUACUCAGGAUGAUAUUUUCAAGUUCCAUCCAUUUUCCUGUAAAUUUCUUAAAGUCAUUAAUUUUAAUUGUUGUAUAGAACCCCACUGUGUAUAUGUACCACAUUUACUGUUUCCACUCCUCUGUUGAGGGACCUCUGGGUUCUUUCCAGUUACUGGCUAUUAUAAAUAAGGUCACUAUGAACAUAGUUUGGCAUGUGUCCUUGGUAUAUUAUGGGGCAUCUUUUGGGUAUAUGCCCAGAGGUGGUAUAGAAGGGUCUUUAGGUAGAGAUAUUUUCAAUUUUCUCAGAAAUUGCCAGACUGAUUUCCAAAGUGGUUUUACUAGCUUUAGGUA